GCAGUAUCACUACAUUUCUGCACCACUCAUCAAAACUCUGCGGCAUGCAGACAAGAGCUGGGGGGAGGGCACUCAUUAAGUCUGUUCUUAGCGUUGGUCUGCUGUCUCCACAGGAUUUCCCACAAUAGAGAUUUCGCCUUAAUUUCCGAUCAGAAUUAUUAAAUAGCCGGUGCUCCUCCCAGCAGGGCAGACGCACAAAACAAAUCAUUCAACUGUCUGAGUAAUUGUUGUAGCUCCUUUCCUAAGAACUUCAGAGGUAAGAGGUGCAGUGUUGGGAUAAAAAUGGCAAAUGGAGAUAAAGGAGGCUGGAAAGAGUAUUUGUGGAACCCGAGGACAAGGGAGUUUCUGGGCAGAACAGCCAGCAGCUGGGGUCUUAUCCUUCUAUUCUAUUUAGUCUUCUACAUCUUCCUUGCUGGCCUGUUUGCGCUCACCAUGUACAUCAUGCUGCAGACCCUCGACGACCACAAACCAACCUGGCAGGACAGACUCGCCACACCAGGAAUGGUCAUCAGGCCAAACACGGACGAAACCUUUGAGAUUGUCUACAACAUCCAGAACACUGAGAGCUGGGACAUGUAUGCUCAGGCACUGGACAAGUUCCUGGCACCCUAUAAUGACACCCUCCAGGCCCAAAAAAACCAUGAAUGCACCCCAGACCAGUACUUCCAGCAGGAAGACAGCGGUGAUGUUAAGAACAACCCAAAGCGCUCCUGUCAGUUCAACCGCACCAUUCUUGAGGAGUGCUCUGGACUCAACGACCGUUACUAUGGUUACCGAGAGGGCCAACCAUGCAUCAUCAUCAAGAUGAAUCGGGUGAUAGGGAUGUUGCCAGGGAAGGAUGGACAGACUCCAUCAGUCACCUGUGCUGCUAAGAGAUACAAAGUGGGCAAAGAUACAUGGAGAGAUGACUCUGACAAACUCGGAGAGCUGGUUUAUUUUCCACCAAAUGGCACUUUUAACCUCAUGUACUACCCAUACUAUGGAAAGAAAGCUCAGGUGAACUAUUCUCAGCCUUUGGUUGCCGUCAAGUUCCUUAACAUCACUGUCAAUCAAGAAGUCAACAUUGAGUGCAAGAUCAACGCUAACAACAUUCCUCUCGGAGGAGACAGAGACAAGUUUGCGGGCCGGGUUUCUUUCAAGUUGAGGAUCAACACUAUUAACUAGGUUAACCCUGGAACCUACUUUUCUUCAUUUUCUGCAACUCUGCACAUUCACAGAAAAAAGAUUGCAGCAUUCACACCCUUUUUUGGAUUUGUUUACAACCCCUACACAAUCUUUCUUUUUGGUAGGGCAGCAAUUGUUUCCAGUUGUGUGGCAUGAGGAGGCGAGAAAAAAAAAGGGUGCUAAUCCUGUCUCUUUCUCCUGUCUGUGAGCAUUCGGGCAAUUUUUUUUUCUGUAAAUUAGUUUGAGGUAUUUAUACUGCAUGAUAACCUAGGAGACAUUUGGGUGCGUUUUGCAAAGACCAGCAACAUCAUCACAGUAUUUCAGCUCUCCACCUGCUGCCCCUCUUUACAGAGCAUCCCCCUAUAUACACAAACACAUUUCCAGUGUGUAUAUCUACAGUAUUUAUAAAGUUAUAUCAGAAUGUCUAUCAUUGCACUUGAAAGGAAUAAUGCACAGACUUGCUUUUAUCCUCAAGAAUGGAUGAAUGGGUGGAUGCAGAGAUUACAUCAUUUGCAUGUGUGUAUCGCUCCUGGCGUGCUAAGAGAGCAGGAGGUUUCUGCACUGCACCUUUAUCCUCAGUGACAGUUGUGUUGAGUGACUGACCACCAGGAAGGAGCACACUGUCAGCUUUAAUGCUGAGCGUUUGCUUGUUUGGGGAAAAAAAAGGAUCCAACAAUCCAAGAUAAAUAAGGGUGAAGUAGUCUGCAGAGGUCAGAGGAUGGAUGCGUGUAUUUUUGUGAAAAUGUUGCAACUCACACUUUGCUCUCAUACUGUAGGUCGGGAAGUUGCAUGCAAUGUGCAAUAUUCAUUAAUUGGCAUACAUUAUGAAUGCUUGCGCCCAUUCAUCAGAAGGCUCAUAUGAAUUAGUAAUCGUUUUGGAUCGCGUCAUAUUUACACUGCUACUCUGAGUGGAGACAGGAACCAGACAGGUAAUACGUUUAUGACAACAUAAGUGGUCAGAUUAGUCAUUUCAAAACAAAAAUUGCACUCUUCAGUCAUGUGCCAGACAUGUUAGGAGUCUAGCCUAAUAUAUAUAUUUUUAAUUGAUUUUAAAAGGUCAAAAUUGUAGUCACUUCCUGGAUUAAUGCAUAACCAUAUGAUGACGGACACCUAAGUCCUCAAAUAAACCACAACAAAUUGUUACAUUAUCUCAAUUUCAAUAAUUUAAAAUGAAAAUAUUAAAACUCCUUUUCCUUUUCUUAUUAUCUAUAGUUAUUUGUUCAAAUUUUUUUUUAAAUUGUUUUGCAAUGAAAGUGUGCAUUUUUUCUUCUUUUAUGAAGAUGAUUUGUUUUAUUCUCUUUAAUAUUUUGGAGGAGGAAGCAGUAGAAAGUCGGAAUUUUUUCCCAUUAGUUGUCAUAGUCAUCAUCUGCAGUAUAUUUUUGAGACUUUGGAAGGUAUAGUUUGUGUCUGAUUGACUAAGAGUGAAUUUGUAGGCUUAUGGAAAGACAACGACUUCUUUCAGAAUUACACACAUAUUCAGUAUUUUCUUUUUGUCUGUUUUCUCAUUGGUCUUGCUUCUUUUAUUCUGCUGUUUUUAUUUUUACUUAUUGUAAAAAAAACAUCUACAUUUUUGCUGGAUAAUUUUGCAGAAUACCACAUUCAUAAUCAUAAUUAAAUCAACCGAAUGGGGAUUCUACCAUGUUGUCUCAACAAAGAUGGAGCAGCUGAUCUUCAUAUAAGCGUCUAUCUUGACGUUUAUAUGAUGUGCUUUGUCUCAGAAGUCAAAAGAGGAAUUUGUUAUCCUCCAAACUUUAUUUAAAAUGACGACGAGUAGAUCUAAUGUGAUUAACUGUAUCAUUCAGAGUUAAGGAUGUGCUUUAACUGGCUUUUAAUUCUAUUUAUUUAUUUUAAGCUUUUUGAGACUACACAUACAAGUUCACAGAAACUUCCCCUCCCUACAACACUUACUUAAUUUCUCUGUAAUCUUUUAAUCUGGUCAACUAAUCCAGAGCAGGCAUGCUGAACUUCUUUACCCUACUUUAUCGCCCCUCUUCCACGUGUCAAACGCCAGCUUGAAUUCUCUGACAUGAUUUUCCAGUAAACUCAAACCUCCAGUCGUAAUCAGAUUCAGCAACACUUGCUUUAUUUACCAAACUGGAUGUUUAUUUUUAAAUCUUUGCGUGUGCUCGAGGAUUGGCCACUUUUAACCAAAGAUCUUUACGGCAUCUUAAGUUGUAUUUAUUUUUGGUGCACUGAAACAUCCUCAGUUGCUGGUUCUACCUUAGAAUCCCAGUUGGAGGGCUUAAAAACCCUGAAGUUGUUGGAUAUCACGCACAUAUGGAGCAUGAAACUCUACAACAAAUCAGUGCCUCCUGGUGGACAGACAGGGUUAUUGUCACUGGAUGUUUUUUUUUCUUCUUAAACUCCUUUUAUUUACUAUUUUUUCUGUGAUAGUUUAGGAUGUCCCAAAAGAGCAAUAUAUUUCUUUCCUGUGUGAAUGUAUGACUAAUGAAUAGAGAGGCUUGAAUGAAACUCUAGCAAUGAGUGUCAUCAAGAGCAACAGAGAAAAAAAGCGUGUUUAUGAAAGAAUAUUUUUGUUGUCUUGAGGGGUAUAAGCUUGGUUUAAAACUUGUCCCAAAAGUUUUUUCUCUAUUUAGUGCACUUAACUAAGCAAAAAUACACUUUUGUUUUAUCUUUUGGUAAUAAUUCAAAUCUCUUCUGCACAUAAAAUAUGUCUCUAAUAAGCAUCAUAUUUAUUGCUAGAUCCCUGAAAGUCUUUUAAAACAGGAAACGGGAAAGAGAGCCUCCUGGUCCGGUCUUGACUAGGAAAGAAAUGCAACAAAGCUGAAUGCCUUUGCCUGCGCAUAUCUUCCAGACUGCACUGUUGCUUACAAAUAUGGGGAAAGGGUUGUUAAAGAAUGAAAUGUACCAAAUCUGUUCAAAAACCCCUCAAGCAGGUAAAAAUGUUGCAAAUAUUGAUUUAUUUUUCUGCUGCAACUCUAUGUAUAUUUUUGCUCAUGUUUAUUGUUAACCAAGAUAUAGAAAUUAAUAAAUAUAAUUUAAGGGAACUCAAACAUUA